AGCGGCGGCGGCGGCGGCCGGGCAGAAGGGGGCUCCGCUGCAGUUGGGCUGCGGGCAGCUUGGGCCGGCCGCGGGCGCCGGAGGUGGAGGAAGACGGGUGCCCCUCCGGCUUGAGGACAGACUCGCUUAGUCGUCAGUCAUUUAAGCUGAGUGCAUUGUGAUUUCCAAUAAUUGAGGCAGUGGUUCUAAAAGCUGUCUACAUUAAUGAAAAGAGCAAUGUGGCCAGCUUGACUAAGCCGCCAGCGUGUGCAGCGCGGGCAGGACGGCACCCGGGUCUCGACGGACUUGUGCAUGUUAGCUGUAUAGAUUUAUGUAAGGUUUUUUAAAACUCUGGUCUUUUAAAAUAGUCUUAACCACUUUUACUAUGGAGACAUGUGAGAGCCCCUCUCCUCUCCCGCGUGAGCCCGCAGGAGGAGCGGUGAUGGAGAACCAAGCUUGCCCCCUCCGAGCGCUGCCCCGUGGACAGUCUCCACCACCUCCCCUGCAAACGUCCAGUGAUGCAGAGGUAAUGGACGUUGGCUCUGGUGGUGAUGGACAGGCCGAACCCCCUGCUGAGGACCCGCUCAACUUCUACGGAGCUUCUCUUCUCUCCAAAGGAUCCUUCUCUAAGGCCCGCCUCCUCGUAGACCCGAACUGUAGUGGCCACAGCCCGCGCACCGCCCGGCACGCACCUGCGGUCCGGAAGUUCUCCCCUGACCUUAAGUUGCUUAAGGAUGUAAAGAUUAGCGUGAGCUUUACCGAGAGCUGCAGGAGUAAGGACAGGAAGGUGCUGUACACGGGAGCGGAGCGCGACGCGCGGGCAGAGUGCGGUCUGGCCCUUAGCCCUGUCAGUGGAGACGUGCAUGCUUGUCCCUUUGGCGGGAGUGUUGGUAACGGGGUAGGCGUAGGGGGUGAGAGUGCGGAUAAGAAGGAUGAGGAGAAUGAGCUGGAUCAGGAAAAGAGAGUGGAGUACGCAGUGCUGGAUGAGUUAGAAGAUUUUACUGACAAUUUGGAGCUAGAUGAAGAAGGAGCAGGCGGGCUCACGGCUAAAGCGAUCGUGCAGAGAGACAGAGUGGACGAAGAGGCCUUGAAGUUCUCCUACGAGGAUGAUUUUGACAACGAUGUUGAUGCUCUGCUGGAAGAGGGCCUCUGUGCUCCCAAAAAGAGGCGGAUGGAGGAGAAAUACGGAGGAGACAGCGACCACCCGUCAGACGGAGAGACAAGCGUGCAGCCAAUG